AUGCAGGAUUUAAAUCAUCAGCAGUAUCUUCUGAGGAGAGGAAACCUCACACAGGCAACGCAGGAGGCAAUUGCCAUUUACUCGCACGAUCUGGCAGCGAGUUAUCUUGGAAAUGCUACCCGAUUCUCUUCAAGCCUGCGGAAGGUGCACUCUUCUCAUACGUUUUCAGUUGGUAACUUCCAGACGAACACAGCUGUGCAAAAUCAUCAGAUUUUGCACCCAGACAUACCACGGAACAGCUCUGUACUGUCCGUCUACGUGGGGCAUGAUGCCAGCAUAGCCUUGAGCCACUCUGGUCGGAUUCUGUGCGUGCUGGAGCUGGAGCGCCUCUACAAGAUUCGCUACUUCGGCCCAUUGCAAAAGGACUACCACGGUUUGGGCUUCCGAAGUAGUAUGCAAUUUGCUCUGAGACGCUUUAGCGAGCAAUGUCAGGCUGGCGAGGAACAAGCCAGGCCAAUGCA